GUUACACUACACAAGGGGGGGAAUUACUCCCUGAACACACAUAUUUGUCAUAGCAAGUGCUUUCAGAGCCAGUCCGGAGCUAAGAAUGCAUCCGAGGAAUCUUUGACUUGAGGACUUAAUUCUCUCAGAGGUCCUUUGGGGAGAUCUGACAUGAACAAACUCCAUGGCUGAGUUGAACAACAGGCAACACCGCUGCUCCACCUGCAUUGGAAUAAGGCUCAGAAUGUCAAGAAUCUUUGGAAAGUAGAGGGCACAUUGGAAUUGCAGUAAACUUUAAAAGUUUGUAGUACAUAGAUAUAAUUCUGCCAGGAGCCAUGAAGGACCGCAUGGAGGAAUUGAGACAGAAGGUGAAGUCCAGUGGGGACCUGAAUGACAAUAACCCUUUUGACGAGGACUACGAUGACGACGACGAGCUAGCUCCACCGCCUCAGGCCGUGAUAUUCGAAGAGGAACCCGUUCUGGAGAACUUCCUGCGCGAGACCCAGCGCAUCCGCGACAGCCUCGAGGAGCUGGAGGCCGAGGUGAAGAAGUUCAGCCAGCAGCAGCGGAACCUCGUGGCCACCAUGCGCCGCUUCAGCGUCAUGAAGAAGGAGAGCAGCAUCACGCGCGACAUCAAGCUGCAGGCCGAGAGCCUCCACAAGAGGCUGGACGCGCUGGCGAAACAGGCCAAGAGCCUGGAGGCCGAGGUGGGCCCCAACGCGGCCACCGUGCGCAUCGAGAAGGCCCAGCACGCCGCGCUGUUCCGCCACUUCCAGAGGGUGAUGCUCCAGUACAACGAGUCGCUGCUCAGCAAGCAGGACAAGUGCAAGCACUUCAUCCGCCGACAGCUGGAGGUGUCCGGCCGGGCCGUGACGGAGGCCGAGGUGGACGACAUGGUGGAGCAGGGGAAGUGGGAGGUGUUCAACGAGAACAUCCUGCUGGACUCCAAGAUCACUCGCCAUCAGCUGACCGAGAUCGAGCAGCGGCACAAGGAGCUCCUCAACUUGGAGAGCAACAUGAAGGACCUCAGGGACCUCUUUUUGGAUAUCUUCAUCCUGGUGGAGGAGCAGGGGGAAUACAUUGAGAGAAUCCAGACCAAUGUGGAGAGGACUCAAGAUUAUGUGCAGGUUACAAAUGAGAAGUUUAAAAUGGCUGUCAGGUAUAAGAAGAAGAAUCCUUUGAAGAGACUUUGUUGUUGCUGCUGUCCUUGGAAUUGCUGUUGAGAGCAUGGAGAAACCUGACUAAAACAUUACCUUAGGCACAAUGCACUUUAAGACUUUUGUACUCCCUUGUUGUCAGCAAUCAGCAUCAAUUGUUAAAGUUCAAUUAACCUCAGAAAUUCAGAGGAAUUAAGUGAACAUGUAUGUUAUGUUAUUAAUAUCAAGAAUGUACACUUUACACUAUAGCUAUAUUAAUUAUUAUGAGUUCUCCAUUAAUUUAAAAAGAAACAUUCCCAUCAUAUCAGAGAAAAUUGUAAGAGAAACUGUAUUCUUUUGUAGCACUUAAUGAAUGGAUCUAUGAUGGCAAGAUCCAUUCAGCAAUUCGUGAUGGCUGACAUGAACCACACAUGUGAACUGUAAACGUGUACAUUUCAAUAUAUAAACAUAUUCAGAACGUAUGACUGUAAGAGUGUGAACGCAAAGCCAGAAUUCAGGUACCACUCCAGAGCUUGUGGAGUUAAUCAGUAAACUAGCAGUAGUUCUUGACGAUGAUGGACUGGAAAUCAAGGACAAGUGAGUCAGGUGCGCUGGUGUUAAAUGUCUAGGUGUGCCCUCCCGUCCUGCACACAACUGCUGGGAGGAGAGCCACAGGCCCGAGGAUAAUAUUACAGAGUUUACUGAACUGAGUCAACAAUAUCACAAAGAGGAAGGGCUGGACCACAAACUCCAUUGGACACACCCUCAAACUGGCUUUGACCGAGAUAACAUAAAUAUUAAAACUUUAAAAGAGUCACUUUGACAGAUUCCAUUCAAUUAUGGCUGAUAACAAUACCUUUGUGUAAUGCGGUAAUUAUGUAGUGAACUAAAUAACCUGCUUCUGUGAUACUGUAUGAGGUGUAAUGUAUUGCAAUGUCUUAUUGUAAUGUAAGCUGCUGUUAUACAGGCCUUGACCAGAGCCAAACCUGAAAUAGGAUGCAAAACCGGAUGUAGUAGGAGUGAGCUUUCUCAAACAUAAAACUUUAUACAAAGCAACUAUGCCACCUAGUGUCUCUGACAUGAAGCACCAACAGGUUGCACAAAGCAUAAACUUUGUCUAAUCUUUUGCGUCACAACUCUUCAAAUCUUGAGGAAUGCAAAAGCGUUGUGGUAUUUCCUCUCUGGCCACACCACUGUGACCAAUAUGGUGUCCACCGUAAAGACAACUUGGAAGGAUUCAUAUUUAAUGGGACUAAUUCUGUGUCACCUCACCUAUAGGUCAAUUAUGGACUCAUUAGAUUAUAUUUUCUAAUCAGGAGACCUACUGUAUGUUUGUUAAAGCAUAACAUCUAAGUGUAAGUCUAAAAAUGUGAAAAUAAUAUACAAAAUGUAGUCAAUUAAUUAGUAUCUCCAUGGCACACAACUAUUUCUUCUUCUUCGUCUUCUUCUUAUUAUUAUUCUCAAAAAAUAUCCUGAUGUCUGACCUGCACUUGGCCCUUACUAUGUCUCUCUUCAGGUCCUCCUGAGUAUAGAUCACUGCAAGGGACUCUUCAGCUUUAUUCAGAUACACACACAAAAAAAACUAUACAAACAUAUAUUUUUGUCAAAAAUGAAAUAAUAUGUAAAUUAUAAUAAAUGUAUAUAUUUCUUCUUUUUCUUUUUCAAAUCUUUUUCUUUCUCUUUCAAAGUUUGUUUAAAUACUGUAAUGACAGAACAACCUAAUUCUUGAGAAGCAGAUCCAAUAUAGCAAAUAUAUCCUUAGCCAUCAAUCAUUUCUUAUCAGGGUUUCCCAUAGUUACUGAAGUUCAGCAGGAAAACAUUUAAGUGCAAUGCAUCAUAAAACACACUCAUACAUCAUCCACCUGACAAACACAACUUGGUUGCUUUUAUGUUCCAUCGACAACAUUAUGCUUGCAAAUGGUCAGUAGAUGGUGCUGGUGAAGAACAACUGACCAUAAACAGCGCCGGGGACACAAUUAACUUUCU